AUGACGGAUUACACUCAAACAGCGACGGUCACCCAGACAACAACGGUGACUCAACCACACAUCCGAUGCGAUCCAGCAUACGUUAGAACUAUUUCCGGUAUUAUUAAAAUUGUGUGCAUCGUGUUGAACCAUAUCGGGUUCAUCUGCAUAGAGGUGUCAUCCUUCAGGUACCACUCGAGAGGAUCCUUCUUCAACACAGUGGCAAUGAUAGGAUUCUGGUUCACAUGCAUUAUGCUAGUCUUUUAUUUGUUUCACGUGUGCGAAAAGUUUCACAAGAUUCCGUGGUUAAAAAUAGUAAUGUACUUCUGUGCGGCAUGGGCCUUGGUCUACAUGCUGGCCUCGUCAUUUGCGGCAGCAACAAACGUGAAGGCGUUUCAGGCAGCCGCGUUUUUCGGUUAUUGUGCUAUGAUUGCAUACGGGUAUGAUGCAUUCCUGAAAUACAAAGCCGUCCGCUCUGGUGAAAUUGCUCAGGGCGACCGAGCCGCCCACGUAUCGCAACAGCAACAAACAAUUCGAUUGUCAACUACUCAGAAAAGCUAG